AUGGUACAAAGAAAGGUAGCCGUCAAGCUUGGAGUCCAGGCUGACCAUGUUAAAUCCGAGAAGCGGUUGGGGAACCUCAAACCAUCGCCUUAUCAGCACCACGAUGGUAAGAACAGAGGACUAGACAUGAAAAAGAAAAUGAAGAAGUCAGGAUCAAUCAAGCUUUCAGAUAUUGAGAGCUUAAAUGCGUCACCUUUGAGGAAAACUAUGUCCAGGCCUGGAAUGUCGCUGUCUCGCAAUGCUUCAACCAUUGCUGCAACCCCACAGAAGCAGCAGCUCAUGCUUAGAACGAGUGGUGGAUCGCCAAAUUACAUGAAGGCUACUAGCAGUUCGGAGGCAAGAAAUGAACGUUCUCAGGUGAGCUUCUUCAAUACUCCAACCGCUUCAGAUAUUACAAAUCCGCAUAGAAGAAACUCAAGCAAUUUAUUACCCAGUUCCGCUUCAAGUAAUAGACUAACGAGAGCGUUAACCAAGUCAUCUAGUUUGAAGCUGGUGAGGACUUUAACAAAGACUCCCAGUUUUAAGCCAGCAAGAAGUUCUGCAAAAAAAUGUUCCAGUGUAGUUUUAUGCGCAGAUAUGAAUGUACAGAAAGCUACCUGUUCUUCAACUCUCAAGGACUCGAAGUUUCCUGAAUAUAUCAUGCUCAAUCCUGGAGGUACUGAGGCGGAAGGAACUUCAGUCCUAAAGGUAUGUCCGUACAACUACUGCUCUCUCAAUGGUUACAAUCACACUCCUUUGCCUCCCUUAAAGUACUUCUUGAAGGCAAGAAGGCGUUCACUGAAGGCACAUAAGAGUGUGAAAUCAGAGGGUUUAUCCCCACGUACAUCUGAUGGAACAGAAGAAAUUAGCAGUCAACUACUAAUUUUGUCUGAUGAUAAAUCACCCUCCGAGGAAGCAGAUUCGAUUGGCUCAGCAAAAAUUCCAAUGGUAAAGGAAGUGGGCGUGGAUUUCUUUGUUGAAAUCUAUGCCAAAAAUAUAGCUGUUUGCCCUGAUGCAACUGAAAAGCACAUUGGGAAGGAUGUGGGAACCAUUGGUUUUGCUGGAGAGCCCAACAAGUGCUCUUCUCAUGGUGGCCAAGAAGAAGGAGCUGAACAAGACAACAUGAAGGAGGUCGAUCAGAACCUUUCAGAUGCAUCGCCACAACUGGAAACUGAUUUCGAGAAAAUCUAUGGACAGAGCAAUUAUAACCAUCUGGUUGAGAUUUGGACGGCGGAAGACUUUCUUCAAGAAAAAGAAGAUGUUUCUGGAGACUAUGCACCCAUUUUGUCUCAAGAAUCAAGAAAAGAAAGGUGUGCCAGUGAGAGUCACAUUGAAGGGGAAUGCCAAAUAAGCAUGGAGGAAUAUGAUAACAUUUCUGAAGCUACUGAUAUGCAGUGGGAGGAGGGACAAUUUUCCACCUCAGGAUCUGAUAUUGAAGCUCAAUAUUUGGGAAAAUCUUAUAAAAAAUCUUGUACCGAUGUUGAGUGCCUCUCAGACAUCAAGAAGUUUAAUUUGACCGAUGAACCAGAGAUCAUUAGAUCAGCUGACAUAAUUAGCAACUGCACUGAGGAGAUUCUAGCUGAUGAGGUAUUGCAAGAAUUCUUUGGAGAAGAAACUGCUUCCUUUGACAUAUAUUAUAUAGGUAGUGAUUCCGAAACUGAAGGCAUGCUGCAGAAUUGGGAGACUGAAACUACCCAAGAUGAUGGUUAUUUAACUUAUGAUGAUGCAUUUGAAUAUGCAUUUGAGGAACCAACAACGGUGGAAGAGAAGAGUGAAGAUGCUGAGAAAGAUUUAACUGCUGCUUUGACUGCUUCAGCUUCAAUGGAGGAGCUAAUCAUGGAAUCAGCAGCAGUCAAUGAGAAUAUUCAGGAGGAUGGCAUUCGGGAUGCAGAGCAUUUUAUCUUUGAAAAGAAUCCUCAACUUCGGGAUGCCGAAUAUGAUUGCAGUACCAAUGUAACAACUGAAGCUUUGAACGGUUACCAAGAAGGUAAAUCGCUUCAAGUUGAUGACACGAUUGAGUUGAUUCAAGAUCAAAUUGCUUCUUGUCAGAGUUUGGAUGAGAUGGGCAACACUGAAAAAAAUGAAGGCCAGAUCUCUCGGGAGACAGAAACUGAUCAAAAUUUGGAAAUCCGAACUUGUGCUACAGAAGAACAAGAGGAAGUUGUCAAAGCCAAAUCAUCCAUGGGUAUCCAAAUCUCUUAUUCAUGUCACAGUUCCUCUGAAGCUGAUCAAUAUGAUUCUGUGGACAAUGACAACCAAACCCAGAUAAUUGCUGAAGCUUGCUGGCUUGACAAAAUUUCUGAAGCCAGCAGUUCAAGUGAAGAGCUUCUCAAUCAAAACAGUCUGGCUAAGUAUGGCCAGAAUGAGAACCUGAACUUAUUUCGGGAAGAUCAAGGUGGGGCUAACGAGUCCAAAAUCGAAACUUCUACGGAUACUGAGGAGCAGAGUGAUUCAAGGAUGCAUCAAACCAGUUUGGCCAGACACCAUAUUGGAGAAGUUGAGAAGAUGGAAGUGGCAGUUUGCAAUCAGUCAGAUAUAGCAGAAACAGUGUUUGCAACCGAUGAUGGAAUCCGUGCAGGAUCAGAGAGCAAAUUCUUUAGCAAAGGAAGCAAUUCAGGUCAAGAACUUGCCAGUAGCUUUAACAACAGGAAAUGGACUGUCAAUUGCAAGAAACCCAUCAUGGACUUGGAGGAAGAGCGGAAAUUCAACCCAAGAGAACCAAAUUUCCUUCCUAUUGCUCCUGACCCUGAGGUAGAGAAGGUUGAUCUCAGGCAUCAGAUCAUGGAUGACAGGAAAAGUGCUGAGGAAUGGAUGCUUGAUUAUGCACUCCGGCAAGCUGUCACCAAACUUGCUCCUGCUAGGAAGAGGAAGGUGGCAUUACUUGUUGAAGCUUUUGAAACAAUACUUCCUAUACCCAAAUAUGGAACUCAGAUCAGACCCGCAUCAGCAGCCUUUUCUCACACAAGGCCAAUUCAAGCUUGUAGCUGAUGGCACUUUCAUAGGUGAUGAUAAAAGAGUCGCUUGGGCAAAAUAUACUAGAAAUAAGUUGUUGGUCUAUGGAGUAUUAACGUAUUUACUAAGGCUUAAGAUUUAGAACUACAGAUCCUAUAGAGCAACUAACAUCUUCUUCAGCUUAUACUAAGAACUUAAGAAAACAAUUGGUGUGGUGAAGUCUAGACGCAUGCAGCUAUUUGCUUCUCCUAAGCUCACUGGUGAGAUGCUAGCGGUGACUUUCUAGCUCAAUAAUCUAUUUGUUAAACAGCAAUAUGAAUUAUCAAAUACGGUGUUGAGUUUUUUUAUGUUGUAGGAGGGAACUUUACCUCCAACUGGUGUUAAUUUACAAUCGUUAUUCUCUGUUUAAAUAUCAUAUUAUGUAGUAAAAUUAUUGUAAUUAAGUUUAUGUCUAACUGAUAAGCUUAUUCC